AUGACCCGAGGUGAUCAUCGUAGAUCCGGAGGGCACGAUUAUCGUCGUCACACAUCUGGACAUAUACAUUCAUCUGAUUCACAUCCACGUACAUUUAGCGGAGGUGCAACACAUAGUGAAGUUGGUGAAGGCGGCGUAGGCGGUCUUGUUGGUGAUAGUCACGGUGGUCAUUCAUUCGGUGGUCACGAACAAGGCGGAGUAAUGGAUGCUACAUUCAUCUGGAAAUUAACUAAGCUUGGAAGAAUUGGAUCAUCAAGGCUACGAUUUGAUGAUGAUUUUGCUGAUAGACUUAACUAUCAGUAUACUGGGGUAUUGAUGUUUCUUUUCAUUGGUCUUAUUGGGAUUCGACAAUAUGUUGGUAAACCUAUUCAAUGUUGGAUUCCACAAGAGUUUACACGUGGUUGGGAAGAAUAUGCUGAGAAUUAUUGCUGGGUAUCUAAUACUUAUUUCGCUCCAUUACAGCAUAGUUUACCUCCAGCCCCGGAUAGAGAGAUGUUACUUAUUGGUUACUAUCAAUGGGCACCAAUUGUGAUGGCUAUACAAGCUAUGUUAUUUUAUUUACCAUGUCUUAUAUGGCGUUUAUUUAUGGCUCAGUCGGGUUUCAACGUUAGACGUAUUCUACAAAUGUCAUGUGAUUCUAAUGUUCUACUACCAGAGCAUACAAUGAAAAAUGUACGCUUUAUAGCUCGUUAUAUGGAAGGUUGUAUUUAUAGACAAAGAGAUUAUAGGAAAAGAAAAUUAUCAACAGUUUUAGGAUUUUCUCCUACAAGUUACACUGGUCUUGGACAAUCACCUCAUAUACAUGUUCAUCAACACUAUUCACCCUCUUAUCCUCCUCAUCUUCAUCAACAACAACAACCACAUUCACAUCUGCACCAUCCCCCUCCACCACCACCACCUCAUUCACAUACCCAAUCACCACCAUAUAUGCCUACAAGUCAUUUUCAUCAGCAACUAACAACAGUUAAUUCAAGACAAUCACCUAUAGGCGGUGAUGAAAAUCGUUACAAUAAUGAUCAUCAAAUAGAAUCCACAUUGAUUACAUCACCACGUCGUGAUUCUAAUACAUCAUUAUUCGAUAAAAUUAGACAUAGUUUCUCUAUAGAUGAUAAUAAUAAAAAAAGUAAAAAACGAUUACCAUCUGUUACAGAAGAAGCUAAUACAUUAGUUACAACAAUGGAAACAUUAAAUUCUAGAAAUAGUGGUGAUUAUCAUCCAAUGCUUGGACGUUUAAAAAUUGAUGAUAGUCAUACUCAACAAAACAUAACAACAAAUGUGAAUACAACAAAUUCAUAUCGUUCUAUUCAUACAUUAUCACCUACAUUAUAUAAAUCACAAGAAAAAUCAUCAUUAAAUUUACAUAAGAAACAACAUUUACAUUAUUGUUGUACAUGUUUUUGUGGUAAACGUCAGGGAAAUUUUUUAGUUCUCUUAUAUUUUUUCACUAAAUUCUUAUAUUUAACAAAUAUUAUUGGACAAUUAUUUAUGAUGGAAAAAUUUGUUGGUAAUGAUAGUACAUUUUAUGGAUUUCGUGUAUUAUAUGAUUUAUUAAAAGGACGUGAAUGGUUUCAUUCGGGUAAUUUUCCACGUGUAACAUUUUGUGAUUUUGAAGCGAAAAAACUUGGAAAAAAUCAUAAAUAUACUCUACAAUGUGUCCUUCCAUUGAAUAUGUUCCUAGAGAAAAUCUACAUAUUUCUAUGGUUUUGGCAUUGUUUAGUUGGUAUAAUUACAUUGAGUAGUUUUAUUAUUUGGUUCUAUCGUAUGGGAUCAUCUAAAUGUCGUAUCAAAUUCAUUCGAAAAUAUCUAAAAAUUAUGUCAGUUAUGCGUGAUACAGAUAAAGCGGCAACUAGUAAAUUUGUUGAAAAUUAUUUACGUCCAGAUGGUGUUUUUUUAAUACGUUUAAUAUCAAUAAAUGUUGGUGAUUUAAUGGCUGGUGAUUUAACUUGUGAAUUAUGGCAUAUUUAUCGACAUAAACGUUUACAUGAAACUAUGGAAGAACAAAAAUAUCUUGAUGCAUUUAGUAAUACACCAGGCGAUUAUUUGAUUAAUAAUAAUAAUAAUAAUAACAAUAACAAUAAUAAUGGUUCCAGUUAUAUUGGUGAAACAAAUGAUUUAAUAUUAGGCACAACUAUACCAUCUUCAAGAUAUUCAAAUAAAAAUCAUUCACCAACUGCACCACCUAGUCAAAAUGCAAUCAUUAGUACAACUUCAAAUGUUACAGUAUCUGGGCCAAAUAUCAAUAAUACAAUGAAUCAUAGUUCUAGUAAUAAUGAUGAUAGUAUUGUUUAA